CGAGACCACCACCACCAUCCUCACCACUCGACAAUCCCUUUUUUCUAGACAUAACGCCCACUCUGUAAAGAUGCCAGCACCUACAGCGCUUCAACGCGCACCAGAGCUGCUAGCCCAAGACCAAGAUAAUGUGCAACAACUCGAUUCCACACUCCCACUUGACGAGAACAAUAUUCAAACCGAUGCUUUUACCGUCGCCUUCACGCCAGAACAAGACGAGCCCACUCCCUCCAAAGACACCGAAAUGCAGAUAGAUGAAGAAGGACGUCCACGAUUUGCACCUUCUAGUCUCCAGCCAGACUCUCCAAACGCCCAUCGAAUUCAGUCCCGCAAAGUUCCUGUCCCACCACACCGCAUGUCACCUCUGAAAACACAUUGGCCCAAAAUCUACCCUCCACUCGUGGAACAUCUCAAGCUUCAAGUUCGCAUGAAUACAAAGUCCAAGGCCGUAGAACUGCGGACCUCCAAAUUUACCACCGACGCAGGUGCCCUCCAGAAAGGCGAAGACUUUGUUAAGGCGUUCACCUUGGGCUUCGACGUCGACGAUGCAAUUGCCCUAUUGAGAUUAGACGACCUUUACAUCGAGACGUUUGAGAUCAAGGAUGUGAAGACGCUGCAGGGAGAGCAUUUAGGACGAGCCAUUGGCCGGAUAGCAGGCAAGGACGGCAAGACCAAGUUUGCCAUUGAAAAUACCAGCAAAACGAGAGUGGUGCUGGCGGAUAGUAAAAUUCAUAUCCUUGGUGGAUUUCAAAAUAUCCGGAUUGCCAGGGAGGCGGUGGUGAGCCUCAUCCUCGGUGCACCACCAGGCAAGGUCUAUGGCAAUUUAAGGACUGUGGCUAGUCGGAUGAAGGAGAGAUUUUGAGACUGUCAGCCCAUCUGCAUUGACAUGAAUUUAUGACUUGCAUGAAGACUUCGUUCAAGCAUUGGCUCGGCGUUCAGAAUCUCUUUUCAGCGUCUUCGCAUCAACGGUGAUUGAUGUGCUACAUGGUCUAGGGACUUAUUUCAUAGAAGAAUUAGGUGAAUCAUGAAAGUGCAGUGUUA